AUGCGUUUGGCCUUUUUCAUCCUUUUUGCUACGAUAGCACUAUCUGAAGGCGUCAAGAAACAAUUAAAAAACGAAGAGUCGCCCAAAACUCCUUCGCGCUUGAAAGUUAAAGACGGCGGCACUUCACCCGUGGGAAAGAUCGGAAGGAGGGAUUCCGCCAAAGGCAUUAUCGAUGCAUCAACUAGUCUUCGGGGUGGAAAAUAUCCCGUCGACAGCAUUAACAGCAUUUUGGGUCGUCUUACUGUUCAAGAGGACAAGAACUCUGCAUGGUCAGUAUUCCUAGAAAGUAUAAAAUCGAACGUUGAUAUGCCAAAGAAUUUAAAAUUUUAG